GAGAUUGUGCGCCGUUUCUGUCUGUUCUAGUCUCUUUCUGUGACAAGCCACAUUCCGUGCGACGUCUCCUUGUGUGGAGCGGGUGGCUGCGGGAAAUAUCCGGUAUUGAAGGUUGCAGGACGCCAUGCUGAUCAAGGUGAAGACGCUGACGGGCAAGGAGAUCGAGAUCGACAUUGAGCCGACCGACAAGGUGGAGCGCAUCAAGGAGCGCGUCGAGGAGAAGGAGGGCAUCCCGCCGCCUCAGCAGCGGCUUAUCUUCUCCGGCAAGCAGAUGAACGACGAGAAGACGGCGGCCGACUACAAAGUUCAGGGUGGCUCCGUCCUCCACCUGGUUCUGGCCCUGCGCGGUGGAGGACGCUGAAGCGAAACUCGUCUUCCAAGAUCGGACGAUAGAUGCCUCUGCCGGUGGGCAUGCGUCGGCUGAUGCCGCAUGAUUGUGGUGCGGCGGUUUUUGCGACACAUUGAGAAGCCGUUGCGGCGAGGUGCUGCUGGCGUUGCGCUGUGAUUGGCGCUAGUGUCAAGAGAGGAGAGAUGUGAUGUCCUUCUGUCGACCUCGUUCUGUGCCGCGUAAUCGCUGCGACCACCCUGAUCGCGUUAUGUCGCUAUACAUCCAUGCCAUUUAAUUUUGUUUUAUUGUUUCUUAGUCGGAAAAUACACUGUGGCAUGUGUC